AUGUCUUGCAGUUCUGGUCACCCUAUUAUGGUACAGUUUGUGAUGGAACGUGAAGAGGGCCAUCAAGUUGAGAUUGAAUUCCUGGAGCAGGGUCGUGGCCAGCAGUGGUCGCUGGCCUCUCGACUCAGGACCCCGCUGGAAGACCUGAAGUCUGCAAGUCCAGAACUAGCUCACAAGCUCUCGGAGAUCACCAAGCACCUAUCUGGUGCUCAGGCAAUACAGUAUAGGAGACUUCAAGAGCAAUGGGGAGCAGCGGUAGCUGAAAUCCGUAAUCUUAAAGGUUUAUCAAGGUUCCUGUUCCCGCCGUCGUAUACAGAAUUGCAAGCGGCAGCGUGUCAUGGCUCAGUCAUCAUCCUCGUUGCGAGUCGAUACUCGUGCAGCAGCCCCAUCGUUGCCCCGAUGUCAGGAGACCCCCAUCAUGGCAAUAUGACACGCAUCUCGGAUGAAACCAGUGGAGUCAAGGAGGAUCUAAUAGUACUCUUGCGGACGAUAUGGGAUGUUCCGAGUAUCAGUAGCGGAAGAAGCACCGAAAGCGCUGGCUGUGACGAGCUGUCAUUCGCGUAUGCUGCAGCAGGAGGAACACUACGCUUCGCUGCCACUGACUUCGUCUUGCAUACCCGCUUCAUUGCAACUAAGAAUGAUAUCCUGCACAAGAUGCAACUGAAGCUCACCCGGAACCCGCGUGUAGCGUAUACCUCGACGACCUCUGGACGUUUCAUUGCUGGGGGCAUUUCGGUGGAAUCCUUUCCUCGACCACGCAUUAGCCGCUUCCGGAUGUUUCGGUUAUCAGCGCUGUUGAACGCAGGGAGAGGGGAAUCAUCAAGCGAGUUUGCUGCCGCCGAGCUGAAGAUUGACGGAACACUGACGACCCAUCAUGUUGAAGAGACUCUGAGAGCCGAGAAAGAACUCGCGCCACCAUUCCUUCCUCGUGCUCUGCUCCUUCUCUUCAUGCACUGUUUGGGUGGUUAUGCUGAUUGCAGGCUCCAUGGUGGAACGGACUCGUCUACCGACGAGCGAUGUCGAAAGAUGAUGUUCCAGAAGCGGCAAGCUGGGGACAGAUAG